AUGGGAGUUGCAUCGCUGUGGAAGCUUGUUGAAGCAGCAGCAAAACUACGGUCAUUGCUGCAAUUUACAAUUGCUGAAGGAUUUGAAACCAACCGACAUGGUACCCGCACAAUCGUUGUGGGCAUUGAUGCAAGUAUCUGGCUCAAUGAGGCCCAAUUUGCGCAUGCCAAAGGCGGUCGCCGGUAUCAGCGAGGCAUGAACCCUGAGCUGUGCACGCUCUUCGAGAAAAUGUGCCAACUACUUCGAUUACCGUUCACCAUUGUUCUGGUAUUCGAUGGGCCUGGACGACCAUCUCGAAAACGAGGUGUGAAUGUCUUGACUGCCGAGCACUGGGCUGUGGAUCCAACAAAAGAGAUAGCGGAUGCCUUUGGGUUUGGAACUCACCAGGCUCCAGGAGAGGCAGAGGCGGAGCUUGCGUAUCUCAACAGCAUCGGCAUUCUAGAUGCUGUGAUGUCGGAGGAUGGAGAUGCGCUUGUGUUUGGUGCGCAGGUGGUAAUUCGCAAACCUCACCUCAACGGAGAAAAGAUCAAAUGGGAUGGCGACACCGUCAAGAUUUACACAUCCACCGCAAUCCGCUCUACCCCAUCUGUAUCCCUCACUCAGGGUGAUAUGGUUUUGUACGCCUUGCUAUGCGGUGGGGACUACGACACUGUUGGCCUCAAAGGUUGUGGCAAGGUCACUGCACAAAAACUGAUGGGGACCGGGCUUGGUGAUAGCCUGCUCAACGCCGCUCAGUCACUUUCAGGCGACACCCUCGUCUCCUUUAUGGCUGGAUGGCGGGCUGAUCUGCAUGCUGAGUUGUUGAAGAUUGGGCAGGUGGCUAUUGCUGUAACGAUCGACACUUUUCCUCAGCUAGGCGUUCUUAUGAGUUAUGCCAUGCCCUUAACAUCAAGAACCCUCGGCGGACCACCCAACGCAAGCCAGUCAUGGGUUCCACGUGCACCCGACCUGCCACGAAUUGCACGGCUCUGCAAGCAAUACUUCAGGUGGUGUACAUCCGACACCGUUAGCAAAAAAUUCCACACUCGGAUUUGGGACGGCAUCUGCAUUCGCCGACUGAUGGAGCCAGUGGAUGAAUAUGCAGUGCUCCGCCAACACAUAGAAGAUGGGGUUGUCUUCGAUAAUCCACCAGGAAUGUGUUCAUUCCUUAGGAUCACAAAUGCCAGACCGGGACGACUCCUUGCGACUAGCGUCAAGAUCUAUACUGUUGAGGUUACCCUCCACUCACUCCUUGCUUCUGCGGCGUCGGGUAUUGGUGAAGCAUGUCCCCAACACACCGGACAUAUCUCUGUCAAGAUUCCAGCAUCAAUUGUGGACCAUUGCCUUCCAACAUUACCUAAGAAGACUCUCAAGCAUGUUGAGCUCUCGGCACCACCAUCCCCUAUUCUACAAGAAGUCCCUUCAACAGCAUCAUCAUGCCAACCACUGACUUUGCUUGAGCGUGUGGACCUACUUGCAGUGGUCAACUCCACACUACCACCAGGCAGCCACCCCACGCAUGACCACCCCAUGUGUGACCGCCCUGCGCGCCCCUUACGCAAGUCGAAAACCCAUAAAAUGACAGCUUCAACACCUAACCCAUACACACCCCUUCAACCGGUUGCCAACCCAUCCAUGCUGCCCAUUCAGGCAAACGUUCCCUGCGGGCGCAUCACGUCAUCUACAGCAGGACCGAGCUGUGUCAGCCCUCCGACGCCACAACGCAGCAUCCAUCCAGCAGGCCUUGCCAUCUCCGACUUGCUGCCUGGACCUAAUUCCACGCACUCACCAACCUCAUCCGCUCGCGCGCCGGUAUUUCUCGGCUUUUUUGACCUGACAGGUGAUACUUCAGCCCAUGGUCCUGACACCUCGACCAGAGAUCCAUCUUUCGUUGAUCUUACAAUGAUAGAUGAUAUACUCUAG